CAACACCAAAGUGACUGCAGAAAAUAGAUUUACAGGGUUGUUAACAUGGACUGAUUAUUGAACAAAAGAAACCUGUUACAGCCUGUAUGCAGCUAUCUUGCAAAUUAACCGGAACAGUGGGUUUGAACUAUUAACAUAAAGAUAUUUUAGAUUUAGAACAUGGUAGCGAUAUUGUUUUGGACCUGUUUCUACUGCCUGGUAAUAGCAGUCAAUUCAGCCGAUUCUACAUCUCAAGUGACAGUUGAUUGUGGUGAUGGUAUAGAUCAACCAUCUAAAAUUCUGUUUAUUGGAGAUGUACGGACAGUGUAUGCCUUCGGUUCUGGAGAGAUGCAAUGUGAUUUUGCUGAAAAAGAAAGUCUAGGGGAAUUUGAUGUAACCGUUCAUUAUGGAGAUUCAGGAAAUUGCAAAUUUAAGCAACGUGCACCAGAGAGGUCUAUCUACACUGUUACUAUUGAAACGAGAAAACAACACCCAAUGAUAGAAGUAUUAGAAGAUGAAACAUACCUUGUUAUCUGUAAUUUCAUGGCCUGGUCACAAGUAGAGCAGUCAUUUGGAGUUAUAAGCAGAUUUAGGCCACCAAUAAUGUCUUUCAAUAAUGUAGCUGAAAGAGCCAAGUCUACCUUUUCUGUUUAUAUGGUGAAUAUCUUAGGUGGACCUUUAACUGGACCAUUACUAGAAAAACGAGUUGUGAAACUGCGUGCGGAUAUGACUCCUCCAAAAGUGGCUGGAGAAAGAGCAGAAGUGGGGUUUGCUCCAAUCCAGUGUGUAGCUCAAGCUGAGCAUGGUGGUCAACAGUUGGUUAUAUUGUCAGAUGGUUGUGGUACUGGUUUUCCAUGGAAGAUCUCGGAAGGCUUUGAAAUGAAUGGUUUAGUUGGUAUUAGUCCCAAAUUUCGACUUUUUAAACUUCAUAGAAAAAUGGGCAUUAAGAUAAGCUGCCAUUUUGUUGUUUGUGAAGUUCCAUGCGACACUAAUUCCUGCCCAGCAGCUAGACUAAAUAGAUAUAAGAGAGAUGUUGAGCUCGAUAAACGAGUUUAUUUACAUGGUCAAAUGUCGACUAUUUCAAUAGGAAUGAACGAAACUCUUCCUGAUGAGACAAAUGGGACCAUUCGGCGCCUACAUCGAGUCAAUAUCUCAUCUAUACCCCGUAUUAUCGUCAAUCCUUCUGGACAAGACACUGUUUCUGGUAAAUAUGACGGAAAGGAAACUACAAGGAUCAUAGUAGCUGACGAUAUUAAAUCUAAUGUCAAUGUAGUUAAUGAACCUGCUGGAAAAGAUCAAUAUGGACCCGAGAUGUUGCAGAAAAAUACAAACGAGAGGAAAGCAAUGUUAGAUGAAGUUUAUGAUAGAAUUGAUCGUAGCGAGAAUAGGACCAGUUUAUUUAUUGGUUUAUCUAUAUUUUCUAGUCUGAUAUUGUUAACAACCAUUGUUUUAACAACUUUCAUUUUAUCUAAAAUACAUCAAACCCAUCAACAGAUACUUGCAAUAAAAAGAUCCUCCUAA